GGAAUACCAAUAAGAGAGAAACUAAAGAGUUCCAUUUCCAGUGGUUGAAAGGGAGCUUAUUUAUAUAUGCCGGAGUACACAAAUACUACAAAUAUAAAAUGGAUUCCUAUGAUGUCAUUGCAAACCAGCCUGUAGUGAUUGAUAAUGGAUCAGGUGUUAUCAAGGCCGGAUUUGCAGGUGAUCAGGUCCCAAAGUAUAUAUUUCCAAAUUACAUUGGAAGACCGAAACAUGUUCGUAUCAUGGCAGGCGCCCUCGAAGGGGAUAUGUUUCUUGGACCAGAAGCAGAGGAACAUAGAGGCCUGUUGUCUAUUCGUUACCCAAUGGAACAUGGCAUUGUUAAAGACUGGAAUGACAUGGAGCAGAUAUGGCAGUAUAUUUAUUCAAAAGAUCAGUUACAAACCAUUUCAGAAGAACAUCCUGUUUUAUUGACUGAAGCUCCAUUAAAUCCACAAAGAAACAGAGAAAAAGCUGCAGAGAUAUUUUUUGAAACAUUCAACGUUCCUGCCCUCUUUAUUUCAAUACAGGCUGUGCUUAGUUUAUAUGCAACUGGGCGUACAACAGGUGUAGUUCUUGAUGCAGGAGAUGGAGUUACUCAUGCUGUACCAAUUUAUGAGGGCUUUGCUAUGCCACAUAGCAUAAUGAGAGUUGAUAUAGCUGGCAGGGAUGUUACAAAAUAUCUCCGCCUGCUGCUUAGAAAAGAGGGGUUUGAUUUCCACACAUCUGCUGAAUUUGAGGUGGUCAAACAACUGAAAGAGAGACUGUGUUAUCUGUCAAUAAAUCCACUGAGAGAAGAAAGCAUGGAGACUGAAAAAGUUCUCUAUACUCUGCCAGAUGGAAAUACUGUUGAGAUUGGCCCUGCAAGGUUUCGAGCACCAGAACUUCUCUUUAGGCCUGAUCUGAUAGGAGAUGAAUGUGAAGGAAUUCAUGAGGUUUUGUCAUGCUCUAUUCAAAAGUCUGAUUUAGACUUAAGGAAAACUCUAUAUUCAAAUAUUGUGCUUAGUGGGGGAUCAACUCUGUUUAAAGGAUUUGGUGACAGACUUCUAAGUGAAGUGAAGAAACUUUCCCCAAGAGAUGUCAAACUGAGGAUAUCAGCUCCUCAAGAAAGAUUAUACUCUACUUGGAUAGGUGGUUCAAUUCUUGCUUCCCUGGACACUUUCCGUAAAAUGUGGGUUUCCAAACGAGAGUAUCACGAGGAAGGAGUUAAAGCUAUUCACAGAAAAACAUUUUAAUCAUUGUAGUUAUAUUUAUUUAAAUUACUGUCAUUACAAUUACAUUGAGCUAUGAAAGUCUUGGAGAUAGUUUAUAACUAGGUAAUAUUGAAACUACUCAAAAUUAAGUUUUAUAUACAUUUUUAACAGUAAAACUCUCUUUCAAGAUUAUUGGUUUUUCAUUGUAAGCAAUUUUCUUAAAACUAAACCAGUUGAGAACAAAACAAAAUAUAAUUGUUUAAUGUGAUAGCUGAAGCCAUUAGACUCCCUUAGAAAUUAACUGCAUUUAUUUAUACAUUGAUGUUUAAUGAAGCUAAAUUACAAAUCAACCAUAGAAAUCUAUGAUGUGACCAUGUUUUUCGACUUAACUUGUUUUACUUUUUUUUUUACAACCCAUUAAUUUUUCUGUUUGAUGAUCAGGGGUUCACUUUGUUGUCUUUGUCUUUUAAAAAUUACCCCCGAAUACCCUAAAAUCUCAUGCUUGUACUCAACUUAUUGUGACCACUGUGUUUUCAAGACAUUUUGCUAGUUAUGUCUUUGUACGUUUUUUUCUAUAUUAUAACAACUUUAUGUAAGCAAACUACACAUCUGUGUUAAUAUAAGACCACAAUUACCCUAUUAUUUUGCAGCCAAAAUUAAAACAAAUUAUUGAAACCGUUAGUGUUAAAAAUAUUAAAAGUUACAAC